CCUCCGCGUGACGUCAGGACGCCGCGGUCAGAACGUCGAAGCCCAAGGAAGACAAGAACCAGCCAGGUCGCGAGCAGUUCCGCGGCCGUGUCGCUGUCGUCUUGGGCCGCUGCUGACGAGUCCAGGGGGCGAACGGCUGAGACAGUGAGAAAGCAGUCUGGCUCCUGAGGUCCACCCCUUAUGCCCCAAGGUCCAGAUGGCGGCCAACGUGGGUGAUCAACGUAGCACAGAUUGGUCUUCUCAGUACAGUAUGGUGGCCGGGGCAGGCAGAGAGAACGGCAUGGAGGCUCCUAUGCAUGAGAACCCAGAGUGGGAGAAGGCCCGCCAGGCUCUGGCCAGCAUCAGCAAAGCAGGAGCCGCUGGCAGCUCUGCCAAGGCCAGCAGCAAUGGGCCUGUGGCCAGUGCACAAUACGUGUCUCAGGCGGAGGCCUCAGCUCUGCAGCAGCAGCAGUACUACCAGUGGUACCAGCAGUACAACUACGCUUAUCCUUACAGCUACUAUUAUCCCAUGAGCAUGUACCAGAGCUACGGUUCUCCCUCCCAGUACGGCAUGGCCAGCUCGUACGGCUCCGCCACACCCCAGCAGCCAUCGGCACCCCAGCACCAGGGGACCCUGAACCAGCCCCCAGUCCCUGGCAUGGAAGAAAGCAUGUCCUACCAGGCACCCCCCCAGCAGCUGCCAGCAGCCCAGCCCCCUCAGCCCUCCAACCCCCCGCAUGGGGCUCAUACUCUGAACAGCGGCCCCCAGCCUGGAACAGCGCCAGCCACACAGCACAGCCAGGCAGGGCCUGCCUCGGGCCAGGCCUACGGGCCACACACCUACUCCGAGCCUGCCAAGCCCAAGAAGGGCCAGCAGCUGUGGAACCGGAUGAAGCCAGCCCCUGGGACUGGCGGUCUCAAGUUCAACAUUCAGAAACGGCCCUUCGCUGUCAGCAGCCAGAGCUUUAGCUCCACGUCAGAGGCCCAGCACAGCAGUUUCGGCGCCCAGCCCAGCCCUGAGAAAGCCCAGAACCACAGGGGGAGCCUGUCCGGGAAGCCCGACGAUUGGCCCCAGGACAUGAAGGAGUAUGUGGAGCGCUGCUUCACUGCCUGCGAGUCGGAGGAGGACAAGGACCGGACGGAGAAGCUUCUCAAGGAGCUGCUGCAGGCCCGGCUGCAGGAUGGUUCGGCCUACACCAUUGACUGGAGUCGGGAGCCCCUGCCAGGUGCAUUAGCUGAGUCGCCUGGGCUGACUCGGGAGCCUGUGGCUGAGAGCCCCAAGAAGAAGCGGUGGGAGGCCCCUAGCAGCCUUCAUCCUCCCAGGGGGGCAGGCUCAGCGACAAGGGGCGGGGGUGCCCAGUCCCAGCGAGGGACACCAGGGGCUGGGGGUGCUGGCCGAGCCCGGGGCAGCAGCUUCGCCAAGUUUGGCAACCGCAAUGUCUUCAUGAAGGACAACAGCUCUUCCUCCAGCACGGACUCCCGCUCCCGUUCCUCCUCCCGGUCCCCCACCCGCCACUUCCGUCGCAGUGACUCCCACUCGGAUUCAGACAGUUCUUACUCAGGGAAUGAGUGUCACCCUGUGGGUCGCAGGAACCCACCCCCUAAGGGCCGAGGAGGUCGGGGAGCCCACAUGGAUCGGGGCCGAGGCAGGGCGCAACGUGGGAAGAGGCACGAUCUUGCUCCCACCAAGCGCAGCCGCAAAAAGAUGGCUGCACUGGAGUGCGAGGAUCCUGAGCGUGAGCUGAAGAAGCAGAAGCGGGCGGCCCGCUUCCAGCACGGACAUUCCCGCCGCCUGCGCCUCGAGCCCCUGGUGCUGCAGAUGGGCAGCCUGGAGAGCAGUGGUGCUGACCCAGACUGGCAGGAACUUCAGAUCGUGGGCACCUGCCCUGACAUCACCAAGCACUACCUGCGUCUCACCUGCGCCCCUGACCCAUCUACUGUGCGCCCUGUGGCAGUUUUGAAAAAGUCUCUGUGCAUGGUCAAGUCCCACUGGAAAGAGAAGCAAGACUAUGCCUUUGCCUGCGAGCAGAUGAAGUCAAUACGGCAGGACCUGACGGUGCAAGGUGUGCGAACAGAGUUCACGGUGGAGGUGUACGAGACGCACGCCCGCAUCGCCUUGGAGAAGGGCGACCACGAGGAGUUCAACCAGUGCCAGACGCAGCUCAAGUCGCUGUACGCCGAGAACCUGCCAGGCAACGUGGGCGAGUUCACUGCCUACCGCAUCCUCUACUAUAUCUUCACCAAGAACUCAGGAGACAUCACCACGGAGCUGGCGUACCUGACUCGGGAACUGAAGGCAGACCCUUGUGUGGCUCACGCCUUGGCACUAAGGGCAGCCUGGGCUCUGGGCAACUACCACCGCUUCUUCCGGCUCUACUGUCAUGCACCCUGCAUGUCUGGGUACCUGGUGGACAAGUUUGCAGACCGGGAGCGCAGAGCUGCCCUCAAGGCGAUGAUCAAAACGUAUGUGAAGCUGGGUUCUCCCCCGCGCCUCUGCUCUGCUGGCCCUGCUUCCCCCCGCCCCCCCCGCACACUCCUGGGCUGUCAGGCCUCCAGCUCCUACGUCCUGGCUGGUCCUGGCUCCCCAUCUCUUCUUUCUACCUGUAUCCUGCUCCCCAGCCCCUCUCUUCCCACAGUUGGCCCUCUGUCUCCCAGGCCCGCCUCUGCAUCUCCUUUCUUCCCCGUUGUGUCUCGCUGCUCCAGGGUUCCCUCUCUACCCCUGAGUCUCUCUCUCCUGCUCACGUCACCCUGGACCCUGGUUUGUUUUCUUGCUCUGGGCUCUUGGUUUCCUCACUCCGAGGUCUCUGUUCACCUUUCAAGAUUCUCCUGACACUGAGCUCCCACUUGGUAGAGACAAACUAGAAAAGAUGGCCGUGCUCUUGGUAGCUUCUGAUUUAAUGGGACCAAGGCCCCAUUCCGACUUGAGCUCCUUCAAGAGGGCAGGAAAUAUGUAGGGAGCCAGGUGUGAUGCGGGGGUCAGCCAGAUCGGGAACUGUAGGUAAAAAGAGCAAGCUCUCUCUACAUUAGCUGUCCCCUAUGCCGUGCGUUCGCUGUGUGUGGCUGUGUGUGUGUGUGUGUGUGUGUGUGUGUGCGUGUGUGCGUGCGUGUGCGCGCGCAUGGUAGGGAACCUGCGGUUCUCUGUCAGGGCCGUGAGAUGCUCCUGGGUGACACGGAGAUGUCGGGUGACCUCUCGUUGGCACAUGUAGGCGUUGCUGCUGCUGUCUAGCGGGUGGAGGCCAGGGCUGCUGCCCAGCCUCCUGCAGUGCCCGGUCCGCCCCGCAGCACAAUCACCUGGCCCAGCGUCAGCCAGAGGUAGCAGGUCCAGGGGGCCACAUCACUUAGCUUAGGAACCACAGGAAUGCUGUGGAACUGGGGAGGGACCGUCACCUUCAAGUUAGGAGACACACACUCCAGGAUCCAGUUUGGGUCCAGAAGAUUUAAGGCAGAGGGUGAGCCUGGGCAGGGGCCGCAGAAAUAGACAAGGACGUGAGACAAACGUGAAGGUGGCAGGGUACACAGGACGUGGUCACCUUCAGGAGUGAUGGGGAGGUGGUAUGUGUACGGGCCCUGCGGGCUGUCCCUGAGUCUGCACUCUGUAGCAGGACGGCGGCUCCCAGGCUGUUGCGGGGGCCGGUCUGGUUACUUAUACGUGCUGGGUGUGGGUUGGGGCCACAGCCGUGAAGGCACCUUGUAGGAGGGGCCUUGGCCUAUCACUGGCCACAUGCUCUCAUCCCCCCUCCCCCCCCAGCAGAUAUGUCCCUCCCUGCCAGAGCCCCCAGAACCAGGUCCCUGCAGUGUGGCCAUGAGGCCAGCUCAGUUGUUUGGAGAAAUAGGCUCUCUUGUGCCCCAUGGAUAUCCAGAGCUGUGGUGUGGCAUGGACUCGAGGCAGGACUGGUUCAUGUCCUUCGUGCUGUGUCCUCCCUGUGUGAUGCUGGCCAGGUGGCUCUGCUUUUGGGGCUACAGUUCCCUCAGCAUUUGUUUCUAAAGGGUAGGGUGACGCAGUUUCUGGGGGAGAAUUCAGCGAGUUAACAGCUAUUUUCUGGCACAUGCCAAGUCUCGUUAGCAACUGCAAGUGAUUGUUGCCAGCGUGUCAUACGCGUUGGCUGAUCCUGUGCCAGGAAUUCGAGGCACUUUGACCCCGGCAGGGGAAACCGCCAGGGCGGGUCCCCCAGAGUAGCUGUCAGACCUGCCAACCCAUGCCCAUCCCCUUGGGUCACUCCCUCUUCCUGGCCCCCUGCCCUUGGGCCACAGUGAGCCUUCUUCUGAGGGACUGCUCAGGCCCUUGAGCAGUGGAGGAGCCAGCUGGGCCCUUUCCUCCUACCCCCUCUCCUUGGUCCCCCUGUACAGGUAAGUGAGGGUGAAGGGGGGCACAGCCGGGGCUGGGGCCAAAACCCCACCCCGGGCCCCCCCAAGCCCCUGGAGGUGGGGAGGCUGGGUGGGGGAGGGGUGAGAGGUCAGCAGGUAAUGUGCUGAGGAGACCCUUUGGGUGCCCAAAGGGGGGGCACCCACUCCCUGCUCGUGGGGCCCUCCCCUGCCCGCUGCCCGCCUCAUCACAUUCUCCUCUUGUCUCCGUAGCUUCCGCCCUGCGCUGCCAGUCUCCUACCUGCAGGCCGAGCUGGCCUUCGAGGGCGAGGCCGCCUGCCGGGCCUUCCUAGAGCCCCUGGGCCUGGCAUACACGGGCCCGGACAACGCCAGCAUCGACUGCCGCCUCAGCCUGG